CUGUCGAUGUCCGACAAAUCGAACAACAAACGGAAGUGAAGCAUGAGGAAAAAAAGAGAUGUUUCGUGUAUGAAGUUAGUUAGCUAACCUUAAGUUGUGUUGUCAUUUAAAAAGAAGUCAAGCAUUGCAUUGUGGAAGGGAGCAUUUUCUUCUGUUUGAUAUCCUCCGAAAUUAGAUAGUCCUCCUGGUCUCUUUCUCUGAGAGCAGGAACGAAGAGUCAGCCAGGAUGGAUCCAGCUCUACUGAGGGAGAGGGAGCUGUUCAAGAAAAGAGCUCUGUCCACCCCAGCUGUAGAGAAGAGACAUGCUGCCUCUGACUCGGGGUCCCAUAAAAGGAAGAAGCCCAAAGUUGAGAAAGAGGGCUCCUCUGGAUCCAAACACGGCUCUGAGUCUAGUAAUGGCAAAUUUAACAUCAAGACGAGCUCUGGGUACAAGUUUGGCUGCCUGGCCAAGAUAGUCAAUUAUAUGAAGACAAGACAUCAGAAUGGUGAUACACACCACCUGAACCUAGAAGAGAUUCUGGAUGAGACCAAACUUCUAGACAUCAGCAUGAAACAGAAGCAGUGGCUUAUGACUGAGGCUCUGGCCAACAACCCAAAAAUUGACGUCCGGGAUGGGUCGUACGGCUUCAAGCCCAAGUACAACCUGAAGGACAAGAAAGCGUUACUGAGGCUGCUGGACAAACACGACCAGCUAGGCCUGGGAGGCGUGCUGCUGGACGACGUCGAGGAGGGGUUGCCCAACUCCGCCAAGGCCAUCAAGGCUUUGGGGGAUCAGAUCAUCUUUGUGACGCGACCGGAUAAAAAGAAGAUCCUAUUCUACAAUGACAAGCACUGCCAGUUUACAGUCGACGAAGAAUUCCAGAAAUUGUGGAGGAGCGUUCCCGUGGAUUCCAUAGAUGACGAAAAGAUUGACGAAUACCUGAAAAAGCAAGGCAUCUCCUCCAUGCAAGAAACAGGACCAAAGAAAGUGUUACCAAUUCAUAAGAGGAAGAAAGGUGGGCAGAAGAAGAGAAACUUCAAGACACACAACAACCAUUUGGCCGGCGUGUUGGAGGACUACACAGACGGUGUUCCCUCUAAGAAGUGAGAUCCGUUCCCUCGCUGCCUCAAGAGGAGUGACGGGUGUAGAAUCUGUAAAUCCAAAAUGGCUGGAGAUGGAGACCCCGGCCACACAACAAUACAAAGACUUUUUACCUGUUUGUUGUAUCAAAACUGGGUUAUUUUGAUAAGUGGUACUGUAUAACAGGGAGUGAAUAGAAACUGUGUAGUGGAAUCAUUUGAGUUUAUUGAUCAGUGAUAACUGGAGGAAAAGAGUACCAAGACCCUUUAAGGACGCUGAAGGCCCGUACCGAAACCAUCAUCCUUGAAGGGGUGCUGCAACCUCACUGUUCAAAUGUAAAUGAGGUUGAAGUGUGUUAAUACUUUGUUCUUCAUUUGAUUUUGUAGUAUCAAAUUACUUAUUAGUAUUAUUUCAAAGGGCAGCAGUCCUCCCCUUAUUGCAGCCUUCCAUCUUUUUAAUAGGAAUAGCAGAAGACAGGCGUGUGUUGUGCAGUGCAUCACAUUGAGGUCUCUCAUCCAGCUUGGACAUUACUUCUCCUUUCAUUUCAAAGUAUUUACAUUCUUUGCAGCAUGGCAUAGUGGUUUAAAAUACUUAAACUUUUUGAACUUAUUUGAAUAAAUUACACUGUUACAGUAAA